AAAAGUGGCGAGUGGGGAGGAGGUAUAUUGUGUUUUUCUUGAGAUGGGAGUAAUAAUGAAAGAGGGAAGAGAGCAGUGACAAUCAAUGCAGACAUGUUUGGAUUGCCCAUUGGAGUAAUGGGAAGUUGAUGGCAAGACGGGUUCGCUUUUCAAACUUUUAAUUCGAUUACGGAGGAAGUAGAGAAAGAAGGGAGAGAGGUUGGUGAAGGGGAAGAGGGGUGGUUGGAGCCGUUUCUACCGCCGCUUUUUUUCUUUUGUUCAAGCCCCAGAGUUUUGAUGUGAUUCCUUUCAUCGAUUGAAUUCUAGGGGCUCGGGUUCAAUGCUCUAUCUCACUUUGCUGCAGUGUCUGAAGGGUUUGGGGGAUUUCUGAACUUUUCUAGAUCUGGGGUGCUUUCUGGAUUUGAGUUUCAGGGCCUGGUAUUUUUUCAAUUGGGGACUUUCUCAGAAUUUGGUGUUUCGGUCUUUGGUGUGGGUUGGGUUUUCGGGAUCCUGUGGAUAUCUUGGGUUUUGCUUUAGUUUUCUUUUUUCGUGGAUUUUUGGGUGCGUACCGAUCUCUGGUUUUCUGGUGGCUAUUGUUGGGAUGUCUGAAAAACUUGGACUUUGUGUGUUUUAUAGUCCAGGGGUAUCUUUUCUUUUCCCCUUUCAUUUUCUGUCUUGUUGAUGAUGUGGUCCGCUUUGAAUUCGAUCCUGAAUUUUGGGUUCUUGGAGGAAGGAGGGGCUUAAACUAGGGUUUUGUCUGCUCGGGGGUUAAAGGUUGGUUGGGCUGAGAUCUCUCUUCGCUCUCUUUUUUCCUUUUGCAUUUCUUUUGAACCGAGUCUUCGCAUUCUAGUUAUAGUUCUAAGCCUUAAUGGAAGAAUCUCUGGUUCCGUGUGUUUGAAUAUUUCGGAUAAAAAAGUGAAGGCCCCUCGGCCCGAUUAAAGGUCGGACUGUCGCUGAAUCUCUGCUAUUUUCCCUCCUUGCGUUAGGGUUUUGAUUUUUGAAAGCAGAGGUUUGAUUUUGGGAAGCUAAGAUACCUUUUGCUUUCUGUUGGACCUGGUAGAGUUUGAAACUGAUUCUGCUUUGCUGGGAGUUUUGCUGAAUGGGCUAAAGACUGGGUAUCUCGGCUGAGCUUGGCUGGUUUUCAUUUUUGGGUUUCUCUCAGAUUGGCUUACCAGAAGGGAGCAUUCAUGCAUCUUCAACUAUGGAAUCCUAUAUCCAACUGUGCGGCCCGAAUCCUGGAGAGGAAGAGCAGACGGAGAGAUGGUUCGGGUUCGACUGAGGAAGACAGACGGAAGCCUUCGAUUCUCCGGCAGGUGCUGGAAAACAAACUCAGAGAAGCGCUCGAAGAAGCAUCGGAAGAUGGGUCCCUUUUUAAAUCCCAAAACGUGGAUUCUGAGUCAUUCUCCAAUCAAGAUGGGAGUUUUGGGAGGUCAAGGUCCCUUGCUAGGCUCCAUGCCCAGAGGGAAUUCCUCCGUGCCACCUUCCUUGCUGCUGAGCGGACCUUCGAAACCGAAGAGUCCAUUCCUGACUUCCAUGAAUCCUUCUCCAAGUUCCUCACUAUGUACCCAAAGUUCCAAUCCUCUGAGAAGAUUGACCAACUAAGGACGGAUGAGUACGGACACCUCUCUGAUCAGUUUGCCAAGGUAUGUCUCGAUUACUGUGGCUUUGGGCUCUUCUCUUACCUUCAGACUUUUCAGUAUUGGGACUCUUGUGCCUUUAGCUUGUCUGAAAUAACUGCAAACUUGAGCAACCAUGCUCUAUAUGGAGGUGCCGAGAAAGGCACAACGGAAAACGAUAUAAAAUCAAGGAUCAUGGAUUAUUUGAACAUCCCCGAGAAUGAAUACGGCCUUGUUUUCACUGUCAGCAGAGGAUCUGCAUUUAAAUUGCUAGCUGAAUCAUACCCUUUUCAAACGAACAAGAAGUUGUUAACUAUGUUUGAUUACGAGAGCCAGUCUGUGAACUGGAUGGCUCAGAGUGCAAAAGAGAAAGGUGCGAAGAUUUACAGUGCAUGGUUUAAAUGGCCAACCCUGAAACUCUGCUCCAUGGAACUGAGAAAGCGGAUCUCUAACAAGAGGAGGAGAAAGAAGGAUUCUGCCGUUGGCCUUUUUGUGUUUCCUGUUCAGUCUAGGGUGACCGGAGCUAAGUAUUCUUACCAGUGGAUGGCACUUGCCCAGCAGAAUAACUGGCAUGUCUUACUUGAUGCUGGUUCAUUAGGCCCUAAGGACAUGGACUCACUUGGUUUAUCACUCUUUCGGCCAGAUUUCAUUAUAACGUCCUUUUACAGGGUGUUUGGGGCUGACCCAACUGGGUUCGGAUGCCUUCUCAUCAAGAAAUCUGUAAUGGGAAGUCUGCAAAACCAGUGUAGCUGCACUGGGUCUGGAAUGGUGAGGAUAGUUUCAGUUUUCCCACAAUAUCUUAGUGAUUCUAUGGAUGGUAUUGAUGGAUUGACUGGAAUUGAGGAUGACAGGAUUGAGGAGAAUGAAGAUUUGACACUUGAAAUUCGUCAGGGAUCACAGUUGCCUGCUUUUUCUGGUGCAUUUACUUCUUCCCAGGUGAGGGAUAUUUUUGAGACUGAAAUGGAUCAAGAUAACAGCUCUGACAGGGAUGGUGCAAGCACAAUAUUUGAAGAAUCUGAGAGCAUUUCAGUUGGGGAGGUCAUGAAGAGCCCAGUUUUCAGUGAAGAUGAAUCUUUUGACAACUCAUUCUGGAUCGAUUUGGGUCAGAGCCCAUUUGGAUCUGACAAUUCAGGUCAGUUGAGAAAACCAAAAUUUGGAUCUCCCUUGCCUCCUUCAUGGUUUACUGGCAGGAAAAACCAUAUGCUGUUCUCUCCCAAACAAGCACCAAAGAUAUCUAGAAGCCCAAUCUAUGAUGGCAGGCAGGUAAACCUUAGACCACAUGAAGAUCAUGUGCUAUCUUUUGAUGCAGCUGUAUUAUCAGUCUCACAGGAACUGGACCGUGUUAAGGAGGUGCCUGAAGAAGAGCAGUUUGCAGAAACGGAUUCCAUGUCACAAAACAGUGGAAAGGUUGCAGAUUUCGAGCAUGCUAGGGUAAUGCAGAAAGAAGAUGAGAUCAGAGAAGAAUCAACUUUGACUGGUUCGAAGUUGAGUUCUGUAGCAAAUGGAUCUGGGCUUCAGCAUGGUAGCCUUAAUGGCUCGAUGUCUGAAAUAUGCCAACAGACAAAAGAAAGUGCUAUAAGGAGGGAGACAGAAGGUGAGUUUAGAUUACUUGGAAGAAGAGAAGGUAACAGGUUUGCUGGAGGUAGAUUUUUUGGUGUGGAAGAGAAGGAAAGAGUUACAAGCAUGGGCCAGAGGGUGUCCUUCAGCAUGGAGGACAACCCCAGAGAACGAUUGAGCCAUACUCUGGAGCCUGGGGAGGUUUCUGUGACUAGCCUUGGUGAUGAAGAGUCCACCAGCGAUGGAGAUGGGGAUGCGCAAGAGUGGGACAGAAGAGAGCCCGAAAUAGCGUGCAGGCAUCUUGACCAUGUGAACAUGUUGGGUCUCAACAUAACUACUCUCAGACUCAGAUAUCUUAUAAAUUGGCUUGUUACCUCACUACUCCAACUUAGAUUACCUAGUUCAGAUGGGAGCACGGGACUGCCUCUUGUUCACAUUUAUGGCCCAAAAAUUAAAUACGAAAGAGGUCCAGCUGUAGCGUUCAAUUUGAGGGACAGUAACGGUGGGCUAAUCAACCCAGAAAUUGUUCAGAAGCUAGCAGAGAAAAAUGGUAUAUCUCUGGGCAUUGGCUUCCUUAGUCAUAUAAAGAUUGCUGAUAGCCCAAAAAAUCAUUGUGGAGCAUUGAAUCUUGAAGACACUGCCUUGUGUAGUGCAAUAGCAAAUGGCCACCUUGAAAGCAAAAAUGCCUCCAUCCGUGUUGAAGUUGUUACAGCAUCUCUGGGAUUUCUUACCAAUUUUGAAGAUGUGUAUAAGAUGUGGGCUUUUAUAGCUAAGUUUCUUAAUCCAUCAUUUGCAGAGGAGAGACUACCAACUGUUCCAGAGGGUUCAGAAACAUAAUAUUUUCUAUGUGAAUGUCUUUGUCGCAAGUUCAAAGGAAGAUGGACUCCUUUGCUGCCUUUUGCAGCACCCUCCUCGCAGUUGCAGAACAUGGACAUAUGUGAUUCUUAUUGUUUGGAGUCUACUUUCCGGGAGUUGGGGUGUGAGAUACAGAAGCUGAGUCUAUUUCUUUUAAUUCUUCCUUGAGAGGUUUUCCAUCAAAGCGGGUGAAUUUGUUUAUUCUUGUUUUGUUUUCCCAUUUCCUUGGAAUGUAUUUUCUCUCCCUUCUGGGUUCAUGUAGAUUUUGCUUUAAAAAUUUGAAUCAUCUCAGGAGCCAUUUAGAACUCCAAGCAGAAUUGAAAUUGGCCGAAUACUUCUUCUUC